AUGGCUCUAAACAAAUUAUCAAGACCAAAAAUAUUUCGUGUUGAUUAUUGUGGUUGUACAGCAGCAGCAUUACUUUUAAAUGAUCAAACCAUACGAGAUGCUAUUGAUUUUAUACGUCAAGUUAAAACAAAACGUGAUUUUAUUAAAACAACUCUAACAGUAUUGAAAGAUGGUAUCAAAAUUACAUAUGAUGAUGAACAAAAAUUUUCUACGCUUGUACCAUCAACAAUGAUUGCUGGUUCAGCUGUUAGUAAAACACCUUAUGAUGAUACUGUUGGUGUUGUUUAUAUUUCACCAUUGAAUGGUCAACAUUAUCCAGCAUUUGUUCAUAUUUAUCGAUGUGAUUCAUCACGUACUGCUCAAAAAUUUUUAUCUCGUCUUCGUGCAUAUCUACUUGUUGAAAGCCAUCAUCUUCAAAUUGUUCAAUUAGAACAGCAAUUACUUAAUCGUAAUUUAUUAAAUAUAGAUGAUUUUAAUGCAAGAAAAUCACAAAAAAAAAAUACAGGUGUUUCAUUAUCAUCAGCAAGUAGUGAUAGUCGACAAGAAAAAAAACCUGACCCGAUGAAAUCAAUUGCAGAAGAACUUCAAAUGAAAAUUAAUUCAAAAGAACCUAUACUAUUUCCACCAAAAGAUUAUGAUACAGUACAUGUUGCUCAUGGAAAUAUUCAACGAGCUCAAGCAUGGCGAAGUACUGACCCUGCAAUUGUGGGUUAUUCGCCAAUUCAUCCGGAUGAUAAUCGAACACGACAAAAUCUACAAACGAAUGUUCUUCCAAUAACUACUGAUGAACGUAAGAAUAAGGCUGUUAUUGAGAAUAAUAAUGCGAGAUCUCGUUUACCUACUUAUCGAAGUGAUGCUACGGUUGAUCCGGUGGAAGCUGUUAGUUUGGCUUUUGAUUUUCUCAAAGAUGAGACAAGUUCAAUUUUUACUGAUAAUGAUGGUAAUAUCGAGCAUCCAGCAAUGCAACAACCAACGAAACCAUCAGUUUAUCGUUUUCGACCAGCACCAAUCACUGCUGUUACUAAGAAAUUAUUUACUCGAAACAAUAAUUACGAAUUAACAAAUGGUUUACCACAGUCAAAUGCAUCAUCUCGAAAUGAUUUAGAUGCCUAUAACAGCAACAAUAACAACAAUAAUAAUAAUAAUAAUAAUUUUAUUCAAAAUAGAAAUCGAACUCGUUCUGAAAUGCGUUUAGAUUAUGAUCAACAACCCAAUGUACAUCAUAAUCCUUUUUAUGAAAGUCGUCUUGUGAAAGGUAAUGGUGCUGCAAUUACGAUGAAUCCAAUUUGGACAGCUCAAUCGCCUACUAUGGUUUCUUCUCAACCUAAUUUAUUAUUAGAUCAAAAUCUUAUUGAUUCAACAGCAUUUCAUCAUCAAUUAACACCACAAAUGGAACCACAAAUAUCUUCUAUACCUGUACAACAAUCUCUUUAUGCAAGCUAUCCAGAUAAUAAACCAGGUAUGAUGAAACAACAACAAGAAAAUCAACAACAACGACCUGUACCAUCACAGCAUCAAUCCAAUAGAAAACAAGCAGCGCAAUCACAGUAUCUUGAUACAAAUGAAUUUAUUUUACGAGCAUCCAAUGGUCAACCAUUGAGAAAUGUUCAAUAUCCGAAUCGACAUAUCUCAAGAGAUUACAGACCUCAUUCAAUGAAUGAUAAUGCUGUAAAUGGUGCUAUGCUUGAUGUGUACUAUUAA